GCCACCCACUCAGAGCUCAGGUGCUGCAGGAGUUUGAGGAAUGUCUGCCACUCGCUGGCCCCCCAUUCUGUCUUUUUCUGGGUCUGCACCGUCUUUCUCUCCUGGCUUUUUUAUGUCUUUUGCUCAGAGCUGAGGGAGGACAAUGCUGCUGAGCUCUGUCUGCUGUCAGUUUCAGCAUUCACACAAACCAGCGCAUUAGGAUUCGGAACACGGAGCAGCCUGUGCACAUGCAUGGCACCAUGGGCAGCUCUCCCGAGGUGCUCUCGUGGACUUCCUGCCCCAGUCUGCUGGUGGGCAAGCUGAAGGAGGAGCUCAAACUCACAGUGGUUGGAGAUGCCAUGAAGAAGUCCAACAUACCCAUCUCUCAACCCCAGCCUCCUCAGGGUCUACCCUCUAACCUACCACCUCAGAUUAUCACAGAUCUUGCCCCUCCAACACACCUGGCUGUUCCUUUGCAGUCUUUGCAACCACCUGGCCAGGAUGAGGACUCAGUGCUGGGAGUUAUAAGCCCUCCUAACACUGCCUUGAGCGUGGACUCGACACGGAGCGAAGGUGGGCACUUUGACAACAGUGUGCUCCAGCUCCAGCAGGAUCAUGAAGAAGCUGGAUCGCCAGCUUCCUGUGAGCACGGGGGGUGCGGCAGUGAAAUGGAGGAACAGAUGGGAGAUGUGGACUGUCCUAUAAACCACAAUGAAGGUGAUAAACAAAGCCAUCCGCAUCACCAUGAUGACAUCAAACUGCACUUUCAUAGAGCAGGGCCUGGCUCAGGUGGUUUUCUAGAAGGGCUGUUUGGCUGUCUUCGUCCAGUGUGGAACAUCAUCGGGAAGACUUACUCGACUGAGUACAAACUACAGCAGCAAGAUGUGUGGGAGGUGCCUUUUGAGGAAAUUUCAGAGUUGCAAUGGUUGGGUAGUGGUGCACAGGGAGCAGUCUUCUUGGGCAAGUUCCGCACAGAAGAGGUUGCCAUCAAGAAGGUGCGGGAGCAAAAGGAGACAGAUAUUAAACACCUGAGAAAACUCAAGCAUCCCAAUAUCAUCAGCUUCAAAGGCGUAUGCACCCAAGCACCUUGUUACUGUAUCAUUAUGGAGUACUGUGCUCAAGGGCAGCUGUAUGAGGUACUGAGGGCAGGGCGCAAAGUUACCCCCAGGUUGCUGGUGGACUGGGCCUCAGGAAUUGCCAGCGGCAUGAACUACCUACACCUCCAUAAGAUUAUUCACAGAGAUCUCAAGUCCCCAAAUGUUUUGGUCACCCACGACGACACUGUGAAAAUAUCUGACUUUGGAACAUCCAAAGAACUCAGUGACAAAAGUACAAAGAUGUCAUUUGCGGGGACGGUGGCCUGGAUGGCUCCGGAAGUGAUAAGAAAUGAGCCUGUAUCUGAAAAAGUAGACAUCUGGUCAUUUGGAGUAGUAUUAUGGGAACUGCUCACUGGUGAAAUUCCAUACAAAGACGUGGACUCCUCAGCCAUCAUUUGGGGUGUUGGUAGCAACAGCCUCCAUCUCCCUGUCCCCUCCACCUGUCCAGAUGGCUUUAAAAUCCUUAUGAAACAAACAUGGCAAGGCAAGCCCAGGAAUAGGCCUUCAUUUCGUCAGAUUCUUCUACACCUUGACAUUGCCUCUGCUGAUGUACUCGGAACUCCUCAGGAGACCUACUUCAAAUCUCAGGCAGAAUGGAGGGAAGAAGUGAAGAAACAUUUUGAAAAGAUCAAAAGUGAAGGUACCUGUAUCCACAGGCUGGAUGAAGAGCUUAUCAGACGACGGAGGGAUGAACUCAGGCAUGCACUGGACAUCCGGGAGCACUACGAGAGGAAACUGGAGAGAGCCAACAACCUGUACAUGGAGCUCAGUGCCAUCAUGCUGCAGCUAGAAGUCCGAGAGAAGGAACUAAUGAAGAGAGAGCAGGCAGUGGAGAAGAAGUAUCCCGGGACAUAUAAACGCCACCUGGUCAGACCCAUUGUUAGACCGAACGCUGUAGAAAAGCUCAUCAAAAAGAAAGGAAGCAUUUCCCACAAACCUGGGAUGCCUCCUACCAAAAGGCCAGAUUUGCUUCGUUCUGAUGGCAUUCCCAGUGUCGACUCUCUCCCCUCCCUCUCCCCAAAGGUCGCCACACCUCCUGGCAGGGCACGCUACAGAAGUAAGCCUCGUCACCGCCGCACCGGUAGUAAAGGGAGCCACAAUGAGUUUCCUGGGGUGCUAAAGUCUGGUGCCAUGGCACCAGAAGAUACCCAGUCACUGCAGGACCACCCUUUCCUUCACCACCACCACCUUCCGUCAUCCGAAGGGCCCGACCUCCCAUUGAAAGACCGCGAAGAGGCUGUUGUCAACUGUGCCAACAACCUACGCUACUUUGGCCCCGCCGCUGCUCUCCGUAGCCCUCAUACGGACCAUGCACAGCGCCAUGUUUCAGGCUCCAGCCCUGACCUCAUUUCCACUACUGUGGAUGCAGCUACUCAUCAGCACGCUAGAUGCACCGCCUCCAAUCCAGCACAACCCUUCCCUGGCUGCUUACAUGCUCAGGAGCUCCCUCCUACAUCCAGCCACUCAGACAUGCCCCACUACACUUUACUCAGCACCCAGGAAGGCACCCCCUCUCCUUUAGGGCUGCCCAGCAACAUUCCUGUGCCGAACUUGCGCAGAGAGGCCUCAGAGAAGGCAGAGACACAGGAAAAAGAGGCUUCACAGUACAGAAAGCAUCUGCCAACUGCUCUGCCCCACUCUCUCAGACCGCUCAGAAAGGGUGGCGAUGAGUCGUCUGAAGAGGAAGAAGGGGAGGUGGAUAGUGAAGUGGAAUUUCCAAGGAGACAGAGACCUCAUCGCUGCAUGAGCAGCUUCCAGUCUUACUCCACCUUCAGCUCAGAGAAUUUGUCUCUGUCUGAUGGAGAAGAAGGCAACACAAGUGACCAUUCUCACAGUGGGCCAUUAGAGAAGCUGAACACCAGUCAGGAGGAACACCUGGAUGAGCUGCUGUCACACACACCAGACAUACCCAUCGACAUCUCCACACAGUCAGAUGGUCUGUCGGACAAGGAGUGUGCUGUCCGCAGGGUCAAGACUCAGAUAUCCCUGGGUAAACUGUGCUCAGACGAACACAGCUACGAGAAUCCACUGCAAUUUGGAGACUCAGACUGUGACUCCUCAGAGGCAGAGUGCUCUGAUGCUACCAUUAGGAACAACAAACAUGGGGCCCCUUCCUCAUGGUGAAACUCAACCAAGGGCUCUGUACUGAUUUUUUUUUUUUUUUUUUUUUUUUUGCCUGGAGGCCAUCAUGUCCCACUGAGCCCAGCUGAAAUAGCAGCAAUAAAAGAACAAAAGUAUAAAAUCAGAACGUGGGGUCCCUGUAAACAAGGCCUCGUGCAAUCUCUCCUACACCUUCUCUCCAUAAACCUACUGUCAUUUUUAACCAUGCAUCCAGGCAACCCAUGGCAGGGAUUCCCUUUUGAAUGAUAGUGGACAGUGGAACAUUCAUAAUUUAUUUUUGUCCGAGUUUUGAAGAAACAUGCUCUGUACGUUUUCUGCAUCGAUCAAAAAAAAAAAAGAUAAUUUGAAACUGAGCUUGGGCUAACUGUGUUCGUGAGUCAGAAUGGAAGUCUGUGUCCAGGAGGAGGACGAGGAGUGAAGCAUUGAUGUAAAUGAGGCUGACAGGAAGCAGUGGUGGUUUUGUCACUGCAGUGUUGCAUGUGUCAGUAAUCGUUGGUCUCAGGUGACUGAACUAGACUAGGAUUGUCACUACAAGCCUUUUUGCCCGGAACAGUAGGAUGGCUCCACUUUUAGAUGGAGAACCCCAACAAACAAGUACUGUCCCUCAACUAUGACCAAACUGCUUUACAAUCAUGAGUUUACAGUUUUAAGCUCUACUGCUUUCUUUUCUUCAGUCCAAUCCCCAACAUGGUUUGAGGGGGAAGAAGGAGACACUGAAAACAUUGCAAACACCAGCAUGAAAACCUGUAUCCUACCUGCACUCGAUCCCUGAAAUAACCCACCAUAUGUGUCUGAUCAUCAGAAUUCCCACUGAACCAUCCUCAUAUGCGCUGCACAGCUUAAAGUGUGUAACGGCUGCCAAUAGAAUCUGUAACUGGAUAAAAAGAAAUAGUCCAGUAACUUUGAUGAAGACUCGGCUUGCAGUUGAAGAGUAAACAAAACUAGGGAAUAAAAUCAUCCCCUCAAACUCAGAUGUUCCUUCUCUGGGAAAUGUCGAUGUGCAUUUUUCAUUAUCAAUCACAUGCUAACGGGGGAGUCAUUAGUGUUUGUGGACGCAAAGCCCUUCAUCUCUACUGGACAAUACAUGUUUUAAGUCUCAUCUCAGGAUUGUUCAAGGACUGUGAGAAUCCAGACCGGACCAGAUACGUCAUGGAAUGUUCCUUGAGUGGCACAUAUUAUGGACCAUGCAGGUAUAUUACACAGGUCUUACAGAUAGCCUUGAUGUUCAACCCUUUAUUGCUGUAAUUAACAGUAAUGUAAUGUAGAAAUGUAGAGCGCUUUAUUUUCAAUGCAGGUGCAGUAUCCAGUUUCUUAAAAUCGCUCGGUCCAGAGUCUGGCACUUAAUAUUUUCUGGCAAGGUGGCAAACUCUCUCUUGUAAGUGUUUGUAUGUGGCUGUAGUGAAGUGGCUAAAUAUUAAGUUUCUCCUGCUGUGAGGAAUGCAACGGCAAUAAUGUAUCUCAGGAUAUGGAAUGUCUAGCUGGCUAGAUACAACAGUGACUGGUGGCUAGAGGGAAGUGGCACCAGUUUAUACAGUUGUGCUACAUCCUACUCAUAAUAGUUUAGUUUGUCUCAAUCCAUAGGGUAUCCGAAUACUCUGUAUGUAUUUAGUAGUAGUAGAACGGUACCCAGAUAAUCUACUACCUCCAUAGUGUGCAAGCAGAGUAUACUACACUAUCCUAUGAGGCAGCUGAAGCCUGGCAACAGAAGGAGUGACUGCCUAGGAACAUUCAAUGAAAAUAACAGACAUAUAUGACAGCAGUAGCAGUGCUGUGGCAUUGUACAAAUAUACACUUAUUAAGUAUCAGGAAACAGUUAAACAAGCCUGCGGUUGCAUAAUAGAAAUUUUUGUGGCAUACUUGCGUAUGCACAAAUGCAUCAUCUGUAAACACGAAGUCAAAUGAUCAGUGAAAUUGUGGCAGCGUGGUGUGGAAAAAUUGUGUCCCUUCUACUUGCUCACUUACUUGUAGUAUGUCGUACAGUAACAGUUGGGUAAUAGUUACCUAACUAACAUUAGUACAUACUGAGUAUUCUGAUGCAGGGUCAAAUUUAACUGUAUCUGCAAGCGUGUCAUUCUGUGGUUGAUGUCUUGGUCUUAAGUUGAUUAAAUACUUAAGCAAUAUAUGAACAACCGCUAGAUGGCAGCAGUUGCUUAUUUUGUUGUGUAAAUGUACUUUUCCAGUUCCUUGUUCAACUUCUUCAACUCAAAUUUCUCCCAUGUUCCUUGUGAUAAUACACAUCCUCCAGUUCCAGCAAUAUUAUGUUUUGUCUUGUUCUGUAUGAAAAAGGAUACUGCAUCUGUUGGAGUUACAGUUUUGUCCCGGUUUGAGUGUUUGUCAUUCACCCUGAUGAUUCUAUGUCCCAAACAUAGGCAGCUAGGGUUGAAUUUAACAAUAUGAUGUCAACUCAAGUGUAUGCAGAGAUGGCUGAGAUGCUAAGUAAGGAAUAUAAGCCAGAGACGACACCUCAGAGCUUUAUGCUGCUCUUGGUUUUCAACAACCUCAUCUCAGUGUUAAAUGCUUCUGUAUAUACUGUAAACCUCAAUAACUGUAAUGUGACCCCUUGUUGUCCUCCCUCAGUGUAUCGGACAGCUCUGACAGAACUUUGGCUUCUAUUGCUAUCAGGCCAACUGACUGACAGUGAGCAGGAAAACAUUUUAAAGACGCCUGUCUGUGUUACAUCAGUAUUGAACUCUGCAGCAGGGUGUGAGUCACAAAACUGGGUAGCACGAGGUGAAUCUGAAACCACCUCUGGGUAGUUAUCUUUCCUUGAAAGCUUUUAGAAUGGAUUAUAAAGUGAUUGCUUUGUGUGUGUACUCCUUUAACUGUCUUCAUUCUAUUUACAUAGAUGUUAAAGGACAUGUCGCAGCAAAAUCAAAAUUUAGAUUUAGGCUGUUAGUGACCAUCUGAUGAUACACUGGCAUUGCUUUGUGCACUUCUAUGACUCUUUCUUAAGUGUCUAAAGGUGUUUGACCCUGACAGUUUAAAAGUAUACAGCAUUCACAACAAACAGCUACGGAGACUUCCAAAAACAAAGUGCUCUGUUUCCAACAGCAUUUAUGUAGCUUUGAGGAAAACGUCUCAGCGUGCGCUUGAAUGGAAUGUAGCUGCUAACGUUAAGAACGGAGCCACAGAUUAAUUGCAAAUUUACAUAAGGGUGACGUUAUGAUGACUUACUUUUAAGUGAUAGCUCUUAAUUUUGAUGCAGUCAUGGUAAAAUAAAUGCAACUUGUUUAAAAACUGUUUCUGCUAGAUGCUCAGCUUUGAGCAGGCUUAUAAGUGUUGUCAUUGAUUUAACUGUGAAAAAUCUAAAAAAAAAAUAUGUCUGUGUGGUCAGGCAGUCUGAAAAACUGGAGAGGUCUGUGUGUACCUUAAAACAGCAUGCUGCUCUGCACACAUCUAGAUCCAAAAUUCAACAGACUCUCUCAAAGUAAAAUAAAUAAAAGUAAACCUACCAGCUCCACUGAGGAGAAAAAAAAACAAAAGUUUAAAAAAAAAAAAAAAAAAAACCCUGAACAGGGCACUUACCCACUUGUAGAACAAUUUACAAGAUUAAAUAUGUAACGUCCACUCCAACAAAGAAGUCCUCACGCUCGGAUCAUGCCUGCAUGAUCGCCAGCCGGAGAACAAUGUCCAUGUCCUCGUAAGUCCUCGCACACAGAUCACGUGCGAUCAACAGCCGGAGGAUAAUUUCCAACUGCAGCUCCGCUGACAGCUCCUCCAGUUCUCUCACGAUUCUGGCACGUUAGAUAGAAAAUUAAUUAUCUCCUGAAAAUAACGUAUUCUGAAUUUUUCCCAUGUAAGAAAUACAUCUGCAUGUUCAGGUAGCCUGUAAAAGCAGCGUCAUGGAGACAUUCCUUGCCCAUGUUCACAGCAGCAGUAAAACCGUGUACUGCAAGACAGACAGCAGCAUCACCACACACUAGGUUCCAAAAUCCAAGACUCUAAAAAGUCAAGUGUGUCAUCUCCUUUCUGUAUAUUCUUUGUAAUUCUAAGCCAUCACUUUUGAAUGAAAGCUCAGAAGCUCAGACGUAGCAAUGUUCGUUUCACACUGUCUGUUGGCCAUUGGGAUAUUUUUGCUUUUUCUAAAAUGUACAUCAUGCAGAGUAAGACAUUUUCUGGAAAUGCACCUGAUACUCUGAGUGAGAGGAAUAAUUAGCAAUAAAAUACAUCAGCAACCACUAAUUAUUACCACAUGCAGACAGAUAGACUUACAAUCAUGUAUACUUUGAUGUUGUGUUGCUAACUGGGACGUUAAGUAAUGUGCGACAUGUCCUUUAGAUAAUCUAGUAUAUUUUGUUGACUGGGAAAUCCAAACAAGCUGUUGUUAGCAUUGUCUUUUUGGCAUGGAUCCUGUGAAGUACGAUUGUUUUAAAAGUUUGAUUCUUUUUCUUUGUAGCUGGCCUACACAAUUAUGUAAUUAAUUUAUUAUGAAUGACUGGGAACAUGUAGGUUUUUUUUUUUUUUUUUUUUUUUACAUUUGGGCAGCUUUAUACUGCAUUCAUAUGUUGAUGGUAGAAAAACCAUAAUACCAAUCAUUACAGCUGGAUUGUUGGCAUCUGCAGCAGAUGGUGGAUGACUAUGUGAGGUGUUUUCAAUUGUGCAGUGUUAAUUAGAUUUGUUAAUUUACGUACUUAGUGUUUUGCUCAAUGAUGUAUUUAAAACAGGAAGUUUUGGCUUCUACUUUUUCUGUUAGUUUAAUUUCAUUACCAUCAUUUUCAUUGUCAUAAAUCUUUCCAGUUGAUGUAAUAUAAAAGUGAGCUUCGCUGCACUAAAAUAAUUUCAUCUGUUGCUCUGUCUUAAACCAUCAUUGAAAGUAAAUCAAAAUUCAGUUUCAAUAUAAUAAUUGCAACACAUUGAAAUCCUUGAAAAUGUUAACUUUUGAGGUGCGAUUCUGCUCUUACAGUCAAGGGUAGUGGAGUUUCCCAUCGUCUUCUCGUUGCAAACAAUUGAGCCACUAGUUUACCAUCUGCUGCACACCACCAACAUGUGAAUGCACCAAUAGAAAUGUACUGACUUGAUUUUUCCUGUAAAGUGUUAUUGAAAGGAAGCACAAUAAAUUGGUGUGGGAAGAAGACAGUAUUUAUAUGGUAGAACAAAUCAUUUUCUUUUUUUUUUUGUCUUUGAAACUGUUAGUUUCCCAUGUAGAUUAUGAUUAUAUAAUUAGAAAUUAAAGAUGGAUAGACCUGGCAUCAGUAUUUGACCACAUCCAAGUAUUCCUAAUGAUUUGUCAAUGAACUGUGGACUAUAAAUAAUCAAAUUGUUAAAAACCAAAUACCUGUCAGUUGAUUUUUAGAGCAGGAUAAAUGAAAUGUUAGGCCUAAAGGUGUAUAAUGGAGGUUUAUGUACUUCUGCAGCAACCCGUUCUGCCAUUUUUAUUCAGAGUAGCAUUUACUUACAUCUGAAUUUCUGUGAAAUCACCUCUAACUGUGGGCAUCAUGUUGUCUCUUCAAAUGUAUCAAAUAUCUUUCAUUGUUAUGCUCAUUUCCAAGUCUUUUCCUGUUGUAUGGCAUUACGAUCAACCAUUCCUGUCAGUUUCCUGUGUUACCCAGUGUACAGUGCAAAGGGUAUCUGGGAGAAUAAAAUGAAAGCUACAACUGCAUGGAAUAAAUGCUGAUGUACUGUACCA